AUGGCAUCACAGGGUCGAAUUGUGAAAGAACUGGCGGAAGUGGGCAAGGAUGACAAAGUUUCUGGCAUCAAGGCCGUGCCCGUCACCCAGGGGGAUUUGAGGCAUUUGAAAGGGACAAUACCAGGACCUCAGGGCACACCAUACGAAGGAGGCAUCUUUGAGAUUGACAUUGUUCUGCCAAAGCAAUAUCCAUUUGAACCACCGAAAAUGAAAUAUAUUACCAAGAUUUGGCAUCCCAACAUUUCCUCGCAAACAGGCGCCAUUUGUUUGGACAUUCUGAAAGAUCAGUGGAGUCCUGCCUUGACCAUCAAAACUGCCCUACUCUCCUUGCAAGCUCUGAUGUGUUCGGCAGAACCAGGAGAUCCACAGGAUGCUGAAGUAGCAAAGAUGUACAUGGCGGAUCGGAAAAAGUUUGAUAGCACAGCCAAAUUCUGGACGGAUACCUAUGCCAAACCCACAUCCAAAGAAGAUGCGAUUACACGAGUUUGCGAAAUGGGAUUUGACCGAGAAAGCGCGCGAAAAGCCUUGGAAAAAACUGGAUGGGACGAAAGUGCAGCAGUCAAUUCGUUGCUGGGAAUGUAA